GAGACUCCACAGUUGUUUUCUGACACAGAGGAGGUACAGGUGCGUCAAAGAUGAAGUGGUUUGUAGCUGCCCUCGCGCUGUGCGCAAUCGUGCCAAGCGCCCACUGUGCCUCCAGAGUCGCCUGGUGUUAUCACCUCCCAACCUGCAAUGACACUCAAUGGGCAACCAUUGCUCCUAGGUUUUGCAAUGGUAGCCGACAGUCGCCCAUUGACAUUGUGACAGCAAACGCCAAAGCUGACUCCAGCCUGACUGCAUUCACCUUUCAUAACUACAGCAGCAAUUCCUCCCUUGUAGAAAUCAAAAACACUGGCAAGACAGUCAAAGUCACCCUCGCCAGUGGUCUUGGGGUUACAGGAGGAGGUCUGAAAGAGCGCUACGACAGCCUGCAGUUCCACUUGCACUGGGGUAAUGGUACCUCUGUCCCCGGGUCCGAGCACACUGUGAAUGGCAAGCGCUACCCCAUGGAGUUACACAUUGUAAACAGCGCGUCAUCCUUCAAUGGAAACACAACUCUAGCUAUCGCAAACUCUACAGGACUUGCUGCUCUUGGUUUCCUAAUUGAGGUUAUGCCAGGCACUGCAACAGGUCAACCCGCAAGCUGGAAAACUUUGAGCUCCUACCUGGCCAACAUCACUACCAGCAACACCUCCGUUCCAGUGAAAGCUGGUAUCUCACUACAAGAUCUCCUGGUUGGAGUGAAUACCACCAACUAUUACCGCUACCUUGGCUCUUUGACCACCCCCAAUUGCAAUGAGGCUGUGGUUUGGACUGUGUUUAAGGACACAAUCAAAGUCAGCGAAGAUGUGAUUAACAGCUUCAGCCGCACCGUACGUAUUGGCAACAGUUCAUCAGAAUAUAUGACCAAUGUCUUCAGGAACGUCCAGCCAGCACAAAGAGUGACAACCCAGCCUAGCAGCUCAUCCGCCAGCGCUCCCAAGAGCUGCUACUCUCUGGGGCUGAUGGCUCUAAGCUUUCUUCUGGGGAGGAGUUAGAGCCAAAAAAGUUUGACACUGUGACAUCUCAGCCACUUAAACCUGUUUGCAAGGAGGAUACACCCCUUUCGCUAUCAUUCAUAUCAUUCCCAUCUGUGAAGCUUGAACAGUGAAUUAGUUUUAGCAGAAAAAUAAAGUUUAGUAUUGAUCAAGGAGACUGGCACUGAAAAAAAUCCCCAGAAAAAUAAUGG